AGGGACGUUCUUGUGUUUGUCCUUUACAGGCUUCCGUUGUUACGUAAUCAUAAGGUUAAACCAGAGGAGCUGUUAGCAAGCUAACAGCUAACAUACAUCAUACACAAUUCAGGUGAACUGUAAACAAGAGAAGCCCAACAGGAUGACCAGUGUGCUCUGCAGCAGAGCUCGACUGGUGACGUACCUGCCAGGGCUUCACGUUCUAGUUCAUCGUGUUGUUGGAGCCAGAACUUUCUCUGGGGCGUCCGGCUCAGAUGAGCCACACUUGAACAUCACAACCCCUAACGUUGCACCCAGGACAGUGUGGCCGGAUGAGAACAUGGGCCCAUUUGGGCCUCAGGAUAAGCGCUUCCAGUUGCCGGGUAACGUGGGCUUUGACUGUCAUUUGGAGGGUCCAGCGGAGCAGAGGAACACACCGAUCCACAGUGUGAUGCCGGACUUGCUCACUGCUCAGUCCAGCAGCGAGAGGCACAACUUCAUCCUGGCCCAUUUCAUCAAUGAGCUACAUGAAAUUGAUCAAACUUCUUCAGCACAGAACGAAGAUAAAGCAGAGCACUUUUUUGAUCAUUCCAGUGUGGAGUGUGCCAUUCAGUCUUGCCCGGAAUUGUUAAAGAAAGAUUUUGAGUCCAUGUUCCCUGAGGCGCCGUCAACUGGCUUGAUAGUGGUCACUGUGACUCAGAAGACACAGAACGACAUGACGGCCUGGACUGAGCAAGUGGACAAAGAAAGGGAAGAGCUGCUGGCUAAAUUUAUUUCAGGUGCCACAGAGAUAUGUAAUGCUCUCCGAACAGAAGGAUUCUGGGCCGAUUUCAUAGACCCGUCAUCUGGACUUGCAUUCUUUGGUCCGUACACAAACAACUCACUCUUUGAAACAGAUGAAAGGUAUCGGCAUUUAGGUUUUCAGAUUGAAGACCUGGGCUGUUGUAAAGUGAUUCGGCAUGUAAUGUGGGGGACGCACGCUUUUGUGGGCACACUUUUCACCACAGCGCCACCCAACAGCCAGAUCAUGAAGAAGCUACAAGGGGACUAAAGUUAAUUAGUUAAAGAUGCUGUGUGUGUCGCCAUGUGAACACUUGUCAAUAUCAAAAACACACUUACAUCCCAUAAAGCACUUAAUGAAGUUUCCCAAUGACUGCUGCUGGAAAUCUGUAUUUAUUUUUGUAGAACAAAGAGCACUUUUGGUGUAACUUUUAUUUUGGAUAUUUGUUUUACAGAGGGAAGUUCUGUGUCAAAUGUCUAACAUCUCUCUCUCUCU